CCUCACAUCAGGAACCUGUUUCCACUCGCCUCCCUCACAUUCCUUCCUGUCGACCGACUUGACGACACCCAGAAGACGUCCGAGCUCCUCGGUUCAGGUCAACGUCUCGUCAUGUUCGUCGCCCGGUCGCUCUGCAGGUUCUCUUUGUGCUGCUCUCGACCCAGGACCCUCGGAGUCUCCACGUCCAGUUCAGUGUGGUCGGCCUGCGUCGUGUCCGGUUACAGCAGUCGACCUCCAUCCAAAGAUGUGUCUAUUCACUACAGCCUCGGCCGCCCCGUCCUCUCGCUGCGUCUUCCUGCCGGUCGGCAGUGUCGCUUCACUCUGACGCCCAUGUUGACCACGGUGGGCGACCUGAUUCGAGACAUCACGGACAAGGACCUCGGGGUCCGCAGCGCCGCGCUGCUCAACGGAGACGGACAGAGGAUCUCCUCGUGCACCUUCAUGGAAACUGUUUUAAAUAAAGACUUCCAGCUCGUCCUCAAUGACGUCACGCACAACGUCAGCUCCCUCGGACAAGGUGCGUCCCAUGAGCAUCUGUUGGGUGUGGAUGACAUGAAGUACGUGGUCCACCUGCUUCACUCGGCUCUGACUCGUCCGCAGCAGCAACACAUCCGACACUCGGAGCUGCUGAUGCGACAGGAGCAGCUCCGACAGCAGCUGAGGCCACUGGAGAUGGUGAAAAUCCAGAUGGCGAAGGAGGCGGACUCCAAAGCGUCCAUGCUGGGGUGGGCGGGGCUUGCCUACCUGUCCCUGCAGGGAGGAUUCCUGGGCUACCUCACCUGGAAUGUGUUUCCCUGGGACGUCAUGGAGCCGGUCACCUUCUUCAUCUCCUGCACCACCAGCCUGAUCUUCUUCGCCUACUUCAUCCUCACCAGACAGGAGUUUAUCUAUUCGGAGGUGAGGGAUCGUCAGUUCCUUCACUUCUUCCAUCGGAGAGCGUCCCAACAGAAAUUUGAUGUUCAACAAUACAACGGGCUCAAAGACGAGCUGGCGGAGGUGGAGGACGAUCUCAGGAGGUUGAGAAGUGCGAUUCGUCUGCAGCGGCCGGUGGAUCACGUUCAGCCCCAGAGAUUCUCCUGAGCUUUUAUUAAUUUGCAGUCACUGUUUCCAUGUUUCUGUUACUGUACGACCACCGGACUGAAAUCAAACACCUGGUGGAAUAAUUAAAAAAAGAUAGUUCAUA